AUGAUUCUCUGUGGGGAAUGUCCCAAGGGAAAAGACAAAAAUGGUCCAGAGAAAAAGUCCAAAGUCCUUGUUACAGCUGAGGCUGUUUUGAAGCCAUGUAAUCUUUGUAAUUCCACUGAGCACAUGGCCAAAGAUUGUGGGAGUUUUGUUAAAGCAUCUGUGGACCAAAGAUGGAAGAUUUUGACAAGCAAGAAGCUUUGCUUCCUGUGCUUGGGCAAAAAUCACAGUGCCCCUGAAUGUCGCAAAAAGCAAAAAUGUAAAAUCAAUGAUUGCGGCAAAAAACAUCAUGAGAUGCUCCACAAAGAAGUUGAACAGAGUGUUCAGCAGACUGAAGCAAAUCCCUCUACUUCAGUGACUGUAGAUGGCCAGGGAAGUAGCUCAGCUACUGUCAGUGGAAAUCAUGCCAGUAAUUCGGGAGGUCCGAAAGCAUCAGCUGAUGUUUCCGGAAAAGUGGUGCAUGUCAAUGCGCAAGCGACAGUACCGAGAAUGUUGAUGAAAAUCUUACCAGUGUACGUUACAGGUCCCAGAGGAACUAUCAAAGUUUAUGCCUUCCUAGAUGAGGGAUCUACUAUUACAAUGGUGAAGGACACUCUGGCAGAUAGAAUGGGCUUGACUGGACCUAACAAACCGCUGAGAUUCCAGGGAGCAUCUGGAUUGCCACAAAUUGACAACACCUCGAAAAGUGUUGAGAUGAAAAUUAGAGGCACAUUUUCUCAUGCACGAGAAUACACCCUCUACAAUGUGAGAACUAUGAAAGAAAUGAGCUUGCCACAGCAGACAGUGAAUGUUCAGAAAUUAGCCCAAGAUUGGAGAUUUUUGAGUGAGAGACAUGUCGAAGACAUGGUGGAAGCUGAACCAGAAAUCCUCAUUGGACUCGAUAAUGUGGCAUUAAUCACAUCCCGAGAAGUGAUACACGGUCCAUGGGAUGCCCCAUAUUUGGCUCGAACUUUAUUGGGAUGGGUCAUUAUGGGGAAAGUCGCUAAUUCCAUUGACAAUAUGGAGAGCAAUUAUACAGUUUUGGACAUUGAACGUGCAGAUGAUUUGUACGAAAUGGUCAAGGAAUCUUUUUCCACUGAGGCUUUUGGAGUGAAGUCCAAUAUGGACACGACGUAUUCUCGUGAGGACAGAAAGGCUCUCAAAUACAUGCAGGAGAAUACUAAGAGGGCUUUAGAUGGACGAUUUGAAGCUGGCCUUCUGUGGAAAGAGGGUGAGUCUCCAAAAAUGCCCGAGUCACGACAAGCCGCUUUUAAGAGGCUUCAACACACUGAGAAAAAGCUGGAUCGUGACAAGGAUUUGGCUGAGGCUUAUUGCCAAAAGAUUGAUGAUCAUCUUCAAAAAGGUUACCUGAAGAAAUUGGAGGAUGUUGAUCGACAGAUUCCCAUGGAAAAAGUGUGUUGUUCUCCUGCCCUCGCAUCAUAUGCAAAAGAAGUCAAUGCAAGAGACUUCCAGGAAGAGUAUCCAGAAGCUGUGCAGGAGAUUCUUAAUCACACGUACUGUGAUGAUUACCUUGGCACAUCAGAGACAACGAUGGAAGCACAGAAACUAAUCAGUGAUGUAGUGAAAGUGUUCAAAUCCGGAGGGUUUGAUAUUGUGAAUUGGUGUGCUAAUGACAUGCAAGUGCUAAAAAAUUUAGCACAAGAUCAGCUGAGUGCAAAAGUGGUGAAUUUUGAGAGCAAUGUUUCCGAGAGAGUUCUGGGAAUGCUUUGGCUCCCAAAUGAAGACGUGUUUACGUUUCAAGUGAAUUUCCGACAAGUGUCAGCUGAUAUUCUCUCAGGAGAGAGACUCCCAACAAUGCGAGAAGUGCUUCGACUGAUCAUGUCGAUUUUCGACCCUUUGGGAUUCAUCGCAGUGUUUGCAGUGAAAGGAAAGAUUUUCCUACAAGAAAUGUGGAAGCAAAAGCUUGGCUGGGACACAGAAAUUAGUGGUGAUUUAGUGAUUCAGUGGAGGAAAUUCCUCAAAGAAUUAAAAGAAAUUGAAGAAGUGAAAGUGCCCCGAUGUUUUUCUGUGAACCUUCCAAAGGCUCACCUGAUUGAACUUCAUGUGUUUGGAGAUGCGAGUGAAAAAGCUUUUGCAGCAGUGGCGUAUUUACGCAUAGUGUUUGAUGAGGGCUCAGAUGUUUCAUUGGUGUGUGCACGGUCUCGUGUCGCUCCUUUGAAACAAAUGAGUAUUCCUCGAAUGGAGCUUCAAGCAGCAGUGUUGUGUGUGAGACUGGCCAAAACCAUCCGAGAGUUCUUAGAAGUGAGAAUAGACAAUGUAGUGUUUUGGUCAGACUCAAUGACUGUCCUAAAGUGGAUAAGAAACGACAACAGGCGCUUCAAAGAUUUUGUUGCGCAUCGCCUUGGUGAAAUCGAAGAAAACAGUGAAGUGAAAUCCUGGAGAUGGGUGCCAACGAAGAUGAAUGUAGCAGAUUUGGCUACUCGUGCGAGUACAAGUGAUCUUUCACCUGAAUCUGUCUGGUUUCGUGGCCCAUCAUUCCUGAAAAAAGACUCAAGUCAGUGGCCUGUAGAAAAGUGCAGUGAUUCUCGAUUGGAAGAUGAUGAAGUGGAAAUAGUGAAGACAAUAAUCAAGCCAAAAAAGGAUGUGAAAUAUCCACUUCCUGAUGUGAAAAGAUUUUCAAAGUGGUGGAGAUUGCUGAGAGCAACAGCUCAAGUGAGAAACAUUGCCAAUUGUUGGCUACAAAAAGUGCGUGAUCGUUUGAAUCACAACAGUGUUAAAAGAGUCUUGCCAUCACUGACCGUUGAGCAUAUUCGUGAAGCGGAAAGUGAGUGGUACAAAGAGGCUCAAAGUGAGUACCAUGGGUUAAGUCUAACCGACAAGAAAAGCAGAGUGUACGGCCUUUCGCCAUUUUAUGAUGACGAAGGUGUUCUACGAAUGAAUUCGAGGCUCACAAACAGUGAGUUUCCAGGCAAGUUUCCAAUUAUCUUGCCACCGAAGCACAAGGUUACUAGGCUGUUGAUUAUGGAAUCUCAUGAGCGCCAUCUGCAUUGUGGGCGUGAGCAAGUAUUGAAUGAUUUGCGUUUGAGAUUCUAUAUUCCACAGAUGAGAGCAGCUGUGAGGAAGGCCUGGAAUGAUUGCCAGUAUUGUCGAAACCGAAGGGCUCAGGUUUCGAUCCCAGAGAUGGCUCCACUACCUGAAGCGAGAGUGAGUGAACAUCUUCAUGCAUUCACUCACACUGGAAUGGACUACUUCGGCCCACUUUACGUAACUGUGGGUAGACGUAGAGAGAAGAGAUGGGGUGUUAUAUUCACGUGUAUGGCCAGCCGUGCUGUACAUCUUGAGAUUGCCUAUUCCCUCACUACUGAUAGUGCAAUAAUGGCUAUAAGAAGAUUUUUGUGUCGCCGUGGCCCAGUGCGACACAUUUACUGUGACAACGGGACGAAUCUCAGAGGUGCAAGUGUAGAGAUGAGAACAGCCGUUGAAUCCAUAGAUGACAACAAAGUGAGGGAAGAUUUGCUCCGAAAGAUGAUAGAGUUCCACUUUAUCCCCCCAGCUGCUCCGCAUAUGGGGGGGAGCUGGGAACGCUUGAUUCGAUCAGUCAAGAACAGUCUUGAUGUGAUCCUGAAGGAACAAUUUCCGACAGAUGAGGUACUGCAGACGCUAUUCACCGAGAUUGAGGGGAUGCUCAACAAUCGCCCUCUGACUCACGUCUCGGUAGACCCAGAUGAUCGAACAGCAUUAACCCCUAAUCAUUUGCUCCAUGGGGGAGCAUUGGACAACACACAACCUGGAGAGUUCACGGACCGUGACAUGAUUUUGCGUAAGGCUUGGCGCAAAUCCCAGAGGCUUGCAGACAUGUUUUGGAAGCGAUGGUCGAGGGAAUAUCUCCCUCAAUUGGCGAAACGCUCGAAGUGGCACGACCAAGGACGACAGCUUCAAGUUGGGGACGUAGUAUUGGUUACUGAUGAGAAUGGGCCUAGGAGCCAAUGGCCACUUGCAAUAGUUAUCGAAGUACGGCCUGGGAAAGAUGGGAAAAUUCGAACUGUGGUAGUACAGACGACCAAAGGGAAGUACUGCCGCCCAGUGACAAAGAUAGUGCCUCUUGAUGUGGGUGCGGACCGCACCGAGGGGGAGUGUGAAAUAUUUGAUUGA